UUUUGCAUUAAUAUAUGUUUUUUAUAUCCAAAUAUUAAAUUUAGUUUUAUUUGCUUUUUAUUUUUGCAUUUUGGACAUGAAUUCAACACAGAAAAAAUGUACGCUCCUGCAGUAAGUUGACACCACAAUUGUAAAAACAGUUAUUGUGUAAAAUUUUGGAAAACUUUGAAUUAUUUUUUUUUUACAUUUCUUAACAUUCUCUCCAAAAAGUGUGUGAUGUCAAUACAUAUUGCGGCAGAAGCCCUACCUCCCCAACCCACGCCAGCACUCCCACCCCAACCGCCAGCCCCACAACCACAGCCGGCUCCUCAUCAACCAAGGCAACGGAGGCGUGCUAGGCCACCAAUUUUCAGAACCCGUGUCAGACUUUUUGGGAUGCCAGAUGAUGUGGUGGUGCGUAGAUACCGGCUGCCACCACAUCUAAUCCUAGACACUCUCUCCAUAAUAGAGAGUGAUCUGGAGUCUGAAAUUCGGUAUCCUACAGCAAUACCACCAUUGACACAAUUCCUUGCAGUGUUACAUUUUUUGGCCACAGGAUCAUUCCAGCAUGUGGUUGGAGACCUGGUUGGCAUGUCGCAGGGCCAGUUCAGUAAGGUCCUGCGACGUGUCUGCCAGGCUUUCCUCAAGCGUGUUAAGCAAUUUAUUGCUAUGCCUUUGGAUGUUGGUGCCCUAGAUGUGGUGAAGCGGCAAUUUGCGGAAGGUGGUAGUCGCUUCCCACAUGUUAUUGGGGUUGUGGAUGGCACACAUGUAGCUAUUCAGCCACCAAAACAUAAUGAAGAAAUUUUUAGAAACAGGAAACUGUUUCAUUCUCUGAAUGUAAUGGUUGUUUGUGGGCCAUCCCUCCAGAUCCUUUCCCUGAACGCAAAGUUUACUGGAAGUUCCCAUGAUGCGUAUGUCAUUAGACAAUCAGGGAUAUGGCAGAGAUUAAGAUCAAGUCAACGACCAGACAUGUGGUUAUUGGGAGACCGUGGAUAUCCUUGCACCCCCUGGCUCAUGACUCCUUACCGUAAUCCCAGGCCAGGACCACAGAUGGCAUUUAACUCCGCGCUUACUGCCACUAGGCAGCUGGUGGAGCGCACAAUUGGUGUCCUGAAAGGGCGGUUUCGUGUUCUCCACCGCACUGGUGGCGACAUCAUGUAUUCGCCGGAGAUGGCAAGUAAAAUAGUGGUCCUGUGCGCAAUACUCCAUAAUAUCGCGGUAAGGAGUAGUGUAGAGCUUCCUCAGGCAGAGGAAUUGCCUGAUGAGGAGCCAGGGGUUGUGCCACGCUUCGGUGGGGGGAGUGUGACACGGAGGGGGAGCCAAGUGAGGGCAAGAAUUGUAGCAGAAUAUUUCAGGUAUAGUGUUUAUAUAUUUUAUAUUUGGCCAAAUAAUACAACACAGUAUGCUUCUGUUUUAUAAACCAUGAUUUCAAUUUGUAUGAUCUUGUAAAGUGAUUGGGUACGGAUUUUGUGGUGUUGGAAUGUGUAAUUGUUUUUGGUUCAAAAUACAAAAACACGUUAAGCUUACAAUGUUUAUUUUGAAAUUUAAAUACUGUAAUGUUGCUAAAUAGUGUCCUUAUUUGUUUUAUAUCAUCAAAUCCUGAUUAUGUAACCAAACACACAAACAAAUGAUACUCAAUGUUUCACACUUUGUGACUGUCCAGCUGAAUUAUCACACGAACUGUGGUGAGUACACAGAUAUGUUUAGUAUUUGUAACUAAAGUCUGUGUCUCUGUGUGUGUUUUGUUUGCUUAAAUUUGUGUACCAAACAUUUUCGCUUCUGCUAUUGCGUUUUUACGCUCGUGCCAAAUAACACUCUGCUUUUCACAGCAUUGCAAAGAUCAAUAAAGUUAAUAGAAAUGACAACAUAGAUUUUUGACCAAUCACAUGCUAACAGACACUAUAAAUAUAUGCCCAAAUAAGGAAAACGCCAUUGCCAUGAUGCGUGCAGCACCGUUCACCAGGCGGGAGCUCCGCGUGCUGGUUGCGGUGAUGGACCGCCGCGUAGGCCGCGUUGGGCGCUUCAUCCCCAAUCGGGUGAAGCGCGAGGCCUACGCGGAGGUCCGCCGCCUGCUGCGGACGCGAGUCCGCAGCAGGCGGACAAUCAUCCAGCUCGAAAGGAGGUGGAGUGAUCUCCGUAGGCGGACUCCAGAUUUGUUGGCGGAGAUCCGCCAUCAAAUCCGUGCGCUGCAUACACGAAGUAAGUUACCUUACAUAAGUUUUUUGCACUAAAUUGUGCUAAUGUGUUAUUUUCCAAUUUUUGGCCUUCCGUAAUUUAAGUAACAAUUGUUAAAUACAAUGAGCACUGCAGGGGAAGCAUAUGUAACAUGUGCAGAGAGAGUAAGUUUUGGGUGGGGUGUGUUAAAUCAGGUGCAAAAAUUUGCAAGGCUAAAAUAAAGCUGCAUGUAUUUACCCUGGCCAUAAUUUUAAAUUUAAAAAAAAAAACACACUCUCUCGGGACAUGUUAUAUCUGCCACCCCUGCACUGCACAUGCUUUUGGCCAAUUGCCUACUCAAUACCUGCUGUAAACCCCUUGGAUUUGCAGACAUUUUACAGUAAGUGGUAGGCUAAUUGCAACCUGCAAUGCCCUUUUAUGGAAAUUAGGACACUGUGUGUGGUUAGGUAAAACAGUACUGACUGUAGCAAAGUAACACCAAACAAGUGCAUGUUUACAAAAAAUAAGAAGCAGGCAGGAAAUUAAUCCACAAUACUUGAUCAGUGCAGCCUAUAUAAUAAGGUGCCUUGAAUAGUAAUCUGGUGAUGUUGCUGAGACCAAUCACUAUGACUCAAUUGCCUAGAUUAAGGAAUGAGCUUCAAAGUUAAAUUUUAGACUCAUUUUGUUUGCUGUGGCCAACAUGAAGAGGAUCUUAACAUGUUUGCUUUUCUUUGGAACAAAACAAAUAAUUUAACAAUGAACAGAACAUUGAUAAAACAAAUUGAUUACUAUGUAAUUUAUCAUGUUUGAACAAUUUGAACAAUAUUAUCAUUCUAGGACAACAACAACGGCAAAACUCCCCACCCCCUUCCCCUUCUCACUCCCCCUCCCCUUCUCACUCCCCCUCCCCUUCUCACUCCCCCUCCCCUUCUCACUCCCCCUCAGCUUCCCAGUCCCCCUCAGCUUCCCAGUCCCCCUCAUCUUCCCAGGCCCCAUCAGCUUCCCUGGCCCACUCCACUUUACAUUCCCCUUCUCACCACACCUCUCCAUCUCUUUCUGGGACCCCUUCUCCUCCUUCCCAUACCCCUUCUCCUUCUAAAUCAACAUCACAAUCUGAACCACCCUCACCCUCUAUUGCUUUAACUUUUUCUCCGCCCCCCUCGCCCUCUCAAUCAGACCCCCCCUCUGAAAUUGCGGACCAAAUCCAGCCUCCUUCCCCCAUCCAGCCUCCUUCCACAAUCCCUCCUCCUUCCCCAAUCCCUCCUCCUUCCCCAAUCCCUCCUCCUUCCCCCAUCCAGCCGCCUUCCCCCAUCCAGCCAACAUCCCCACCAAGUGAAUGGGCAGAGGAAGCCCCUGCCGAACGUUCCGGGAGUCUGGAUGUUGCCGUGGAAAAUGUUGCAGUUGGAGAUCCCACAAGUUUUUCAGGGAUACUUUACACCAUGCGCCAACACCUGCAAGGAAUGAUGGAUUGUGUGGACCAUUUGCAAAAAUUUGCUUGACUUGUAUUCUUUUAUUUGUAAAAAAAAAAAAAUAUUAACAAAUACAAAAAUAAAAAAGUUGAUUAAA